ACCACCUCAGGGCAGCGACAAGACCAUGGCUGACUGCAGCAGACAGAGGACAACAGGGGAUCUGGGACCCAGAGUUCAGGGGGCUGCACGAUACCAAGAAUGAUAUCUGGACCAGAAAGCAGCCUCUCUGGGCCAGGAAGCAGCCAAGAUAACCAGAAGAAGACAUGGAACCCCAGGAAUUACUCAGCAAGACUCACGGAAAACAUUGGACUUCCUCUGACACUGCUUGAAAAACAAAACACUUGGCCAGCCUAUGUCACAUUUAUCUCCCCGGCAGUAACCCGACUCACCGAAAAAAGCUGGGCCAGAGAUCUGGAGUGCAUUUAUGCUGCUGAGAAAAACCACAAGCCAAUGAGGUCAAGCAAACCUAGUGCCGUGCAGCUGAAGAGGAGAAAGUCAUCUAAGCCCUCAGAACUCAUGCUGAAGGAUGCUCUGUCAGAGACCUUGCUACCUGUGUGGGAAUGCUCCACCACAAAUGUGAGUCCCAUAUUUGUCCCAGAAUCUGCACAACUCCAAAUGGAAGCCAGAGAGGGGCCCACACCAAACUACAACAAGAUCAUUUUCUCCAAGAUGCCUGCUAUGAGGAAACUCCCAUUUGGCUCACUACAGGCCAGCAAGGAAACACAUACCAAAGUUUAGCAAAGAGCCCUGUAGCCAUCUCCUGAGAAUGUACAACAGUUACUCUCCAUUUGUUACAAAUUACAUCAUGUCCUUGAAUCU